AAUAGGCGUCUUUACUUCUACCAUGAGCUCGAUGAAUGGCAACAAGAUAACCACUUCAUUCGCUCAGGUUACGUCAAGGAAACAUCAUCAUACCGCGAGUGUGUUCAGUCACUCACGUAUUUUCACAACGAAACUGUCAAUAUCUACUCGCAUCUUAUUCCUUCUUCGCUAGUGUUCUGGGGGGUUCUUAUAUAUGUAAACUUUUACCUAAAAAUCUAUGACAACUACCUUGGGGUAUGGGAGAAGGCAAACUUCCUUCAGUUUGCCGGUGCCUGCUGGUUCUGUUUGUUUAUGUCGUCCACUUUUCAUUGUAUCAAGUCACAUUCCCAUAAGAUUAGUCGGUUUGGUAACCAGCUUGACUACUUCGGCAUUGUAAUUCUCAUCACCUGUUCGUUGAACUCGAUCGUGAUGUUUGCUUUCUACGACCAUCCAUACUACCGUGAUGCACUUGUGGCGAUGUUUGUAUUGUUGGGAACGAUCUGUACCAUCAUGACUCUUCAUCCCAAAUUCUCAACCUCCGAGUAUCGUCCCUUACGUUCAACUAUGUUCAUCCUUUUCGGUUUAUCGGGGGUUACUCCUGUUCUUCUUGCUGGGUAUACGUUCGGCUGGAAAGCCACCACUGAAAGAGUCAACGUUCUCUGGCUAGUACUCGAAGGAUUGUUCUACAUAGGUGGUGCCGUUCUAUAUGCACUUAGAGUGCCUGAGCGAUUCACACAUACCGAGGAACACGAAACUUUUCACCUUGUGCUGGGUGAACCACUCCCAGGAAGAUUCGAUCUCAUUGGCCAUUCCCAUCAGAUAUUCCAUAUCAUGGUGGUCAUUGCAGCCUUCUGUCACUGGCUUGCUCUUGUGGGCUGCUACCAUUAUCUACACCAACACAUCUUAGAGUGA